AUGAGAGCUUGGGGAAUUCACCAGAGCUGUAUGCUAUGUGGAGAAAGAGAUGAGACAAGGGAUCAUGUGUUCUUUGCAUGUCCUUACUCCUUCACGGUUUGGGAUACAUUGGUGAGUCGACUGAGUGGCCACAGAACUGACCCUGACUGGACAACAACGCUCCAGUUUGUUUGUCGUAACAAUCUGCACGUAGUGGACAAGACACUACUGAGGAUGGCAUUCCAAAGUUGUAUAUACCAUUUGUGGAAGGAGAGGAAUGAGAGAAGACACAGUACUGGCUAUCGUUCAGUGGAGCAAGUGAUCCGGAUCAUACACAAGGGGAUUCGGAAUCGGAUCACUUCUCUGCGCUACAAAGAGGAUCACAAGCUGAGGGGACUGAUGGAGAGAUGGUUUGAAGUUACAGCUUAG